AUGUGGAACGAAACUGCCGAUCACGAACACGGUGCCGGAGGAUGGGCUGGAGGAGAGUCUUCCUUCAUGACCGACAGAAAACCAGAUUCGAAAGCCGCCACACUUGGAGACAGACUUCCGGUUCCAGUUACCAUCUCUAACCUCAACGAGCACUUUUCUGCCACUGAUGACAAGUACAUAAUUGGAAACUUUCGUUUCGCUACUGUCCAAACCGUCGGAAUUGUGAAGGAGAUAAACCAAGAGGGAACAACCUGGAGCUACGAUCUUUGUGAUCCAAACAACGAGGCCAUGGAGUACCGUGCGCUGAAAUACGAGAACGAAGGAUCGAACUCCGAUCAGUCUUCAAUUGUGGAGGGAACUCGUGUCCGUGCUAUCGGAAAGCUGAAGAGUUUCGAUGGGAGCAACUCCAUCAUGCUUUUCAACAUCACUCCUGUCACGGACGACAAAGAUUUUACCAUCUUCGAGCUCGAAGCCGAAGCAGCUCGUCUCUUUUUCCAAAAGAACAUGAAUGAUAAGCUCAAAUCGGAUGCUUCUUCUAGAGGAUUCCAAGGAAUGUUGGCCCCGCCAAAGAGCAGAGCUGGACAACAGCCGAUGCAGCAAAGCUCGCAAGGAUCUGACAAAAAAGAGAGAUUGUAUCCAGCUCAGUCUCAAGUUAAUGUUGAAGGAGACCUUAGACAACGUGUCACUGCCGUUCUGAAGGGCGUCUCUGAAGAGGCUCACGAAGAGGGAUCAAACAUUCUCUGGAUUGCUGAACAACUUCAAGAGAAAGACAUCAAGAAGUUGCGCGACUGUCUCUCUGGAAUGGUCGAAAAUGGACUGGCCUACACUACUACUGAUGAAGAAACCUUCUCCGUCAUCUAA